AUGGCGCUGCCGCUCCUGCCCGCGGCCUCUCGCCAGCGGAACAUAGGGAAAGAAAAGUUCCACAAGUCACAGCACUGGGGUUACUGCAAUAAUGUUGCUAUGCUGGUUGGAGAAGAUAAACCUGGAAUAGGAGGUGAACCGUUACCUGGUCGGAAGCUGAAACCUAAAUACAGUGUAUUUCCUGAAGGGAUGGGAAGUGAUGCUCCUGCUUGGGUAGCAUUUGACAAGCAGGUAUUGUCUUUUGAUGCCUAUUUUGAGGAAGAAGUGCCUGACAAAAAUCAAGAGCUAUAUAGAAUCAGACAUUGUAAAAUAUACUUCUACCUUGAAGAUGAUACAAUUCAAGUGAUUGAACCCCAAGUGAAAAACAGUGGCAUAACUCAAGGAACUAUUGUCCGACGGCAUCGGAUUCCACUUCCACCUCCUCAUGAAGAUCAGUUCUAUACUAUUGAUCAUUUCAAUAUCAACAUAGAAGUAAUCCUUUAUGCCCGAAAAUAUAAGAUUAUAGAUUGUGACCAGUUUACAAAAAAUUUCCUGAGGAAGAUGGGAAUUAGAUUAAAUCCUCCUGCAGGUCGUCCAGAUGACCCGUACACCAAAGAGCGGCAAAAGAUUCUGGAUAGUAUGAAGCCAUUGCGCCCUUAUGAGCGCAUUGACACUUUGAAACAAUUUCUGGAGCAUGAUGGACAUGUUUUACGUUUUUUCUGUGUGUGGGAUGACCCAGAAUCCAUGUUUCAUGACCCACGGGAACUUGUUCUGCACUAUUAUUUGUCUGAUGAUACUAUUGAUAUAAAAGAAAUUAUACCAGUAAACUCAGGCCGGGAUGCAGUUCCACUUUUCCUCAGAAGAGAUAAGCUUCCAAAGUAUGCUCCCACUGGGCUGUAUCAGCCAGGCACAAUCACCAGUCGCACUGUUCUCAAUGUGUUUGGAAAGUUAGUAGGAAACAGAGGCCAUUACAUUCUGGACAAUCGUAAGACAGGAGCAGUGCAUCAGGAAUUUUACAGAGACAGUGACCUGAAAAUAGGGGCAGUAAUUAAUGUUUGGGGAAGGAAGAUAAUACUCUGUGAUUGUGAUGAAUUCACUAAAAAAUAUUACAGGACAAAGUACGGAAUCGAGGAUUUCACCCCAGUUCCAUAUAAGGCUCUACCACCUCCAAAACUAGAAAAAAAGUUUCCUCCUUAUACUGGAUUUGGUUCUGAAGAGGAUUCUCUGUGCUCCUGUAUGGGUCUGCUUCCCAAGCCUCCCCAAAGAGAUUUCAAGAAAUUCAUGGAAAAAGACAGAAGUGGCAUGGAAAGUAACAUACUGCGUUUUCUUGCAAAAUUCGUCACAGAUAGUCCUAUUGACAAGGAUCGGAAAUUCAUUAUUUCCUACUUCCUGAGUGAUGACACCAUUUCAGUUUUUGAACAUAUACAGCGAAACACAGGGAUACUUGGUGGGAAGUUCUUGGAAAGAGGUCGCAUUAAGAAGCCUGGGCAGGAGCUCUUUAAGAGUGAGCCAUCUGAAUACUUCAAGGCUCAGAAUCUGUUUGUUGGAGCCAAAGUUUGUUUCCAUGGUCACAACUUUCUUUUGGUGGAUGCUGAUGAGUACACAUUCAACUACAUGGAGAAGCAUGCAAAUGAGUUCUCCGUGGCUGAUAUUGGUGUCAUCCUUAAGAAACUGAAAGACAUAACUGAAUCUCGUUCCCGAGAAAUCAGACAGGUGUUUGCAGCCACUGACCCUGAGCAUACCAAGGUGAUUCAGUAUGACCCUUUCAGAAAUUUGAUAGUCAGGAUCACUGAUGGAGCAUUUUCAGAACAUGAAAUUUUGACUCUCAGGCGCUAUUACAGUGUGAGAGAUGAAUAUGAAAUAGACCUCCACUCCCUCCUUUCAGCUGCUCAACAACAACUAAAGAAAAAUAACUUUGAGAAUUUUGAACAACUGUCUGCGGUGCUUAUAUACAAUGACCGUGAAAAAUGUGGAGUGCUGCCCCAUGAGAUGUGCAGGACUAUUUGCAAGUCCUUUAAAUUGCCACUGGCUGAUGAUAAUCUGCAAGCUUUACUGACCAUGUUUGAAAAUGACCAUAAGCAAGUGGAAUAUAAGAAGUUUGUGGAUGGGCUGAACUGGAGAGAGAAUCAAAUCCCUGCUUGCCAGACGAUAAAGAUUCCUUUCAAGAAUGAAGAUGACUGGAGCGGACAACCACCAUCCAUUCCUGUGAAAGGGAUCAAAUACUUACCUCUUCUGGAUGAUCUAUUUGGCAAGGAAGAAUAA